CGUGUGGAGGAAGAAGAAGAAGAAGAAGAGGAAGAAUCUGUCAGUCCCGGUGUGCCGCGAGCCGAAGAACGCUCCCGAAAUCAGUCCGAUCGCCGUCGCCGUCGCCGGUCCCCCGUCCGCCCACCGUUUCGCCGAUCAUCACAUCGAGAUCGAUUCGAAUCCCCAACGAUCGUCCCCGAUCCCCUCCCUCUCUCUCUCUCUCUCGCUGUUGCGCUCGCUUUUGCCGCCGGCGUUUUCUCCCGAUCGCGAGGCGGCGGCUGCUGCUGCUGCUCGCGCGCCGUGCUGUCGAUUGAAGUUUUAGGGAUCUCUCCGGCGGCUUUCCCCCGGGUCGCGAAAUGGGAGCGCUGGCGAUGGGGUCGCUGCCCCUGGGGUUCAGGUUCAGGCCGACGGACGAGGAGCUGAUCAGCCACUACCUGAGGCUGAAGAUCAACGGCCGCCACGCGGAGGUGCAGGUCAUCCCCGAGAUCGACGUCUGCAAGUGGGAGCCCUGGGACUUGCCCGGUCUGUCGGUGAUAAAAACGGAUGAUCCGGAGUGGUUCUUCUUUUGCCCCCGGGACAGGAAGUACCCGAAUGGGCAUAGGUCGAAUCGGGCCACGGAUGCUGGGUACUGGAAAGCCACGGGCAAGGACCGGACCAUCAAGUCUCGCAAAUCGGGUGGUGCUGCUGCCAAUUUGAUUGGGAUGAAGAAGACCCUGGUCUUCUACAGGGGUCGUGCGCCCAAGGGUGAGAGAACUUACUGGAUUAUGCACGAGUACCGCGCUACCGAGAAGGAUCUUGAUGGGACUGGACCUGGCCAGGCUGCAUAUGUCCUCUGUCGUUUGUUCCGGAAGGCAGAGGAGAAGCCUGAAGUUGUGAAGUAUGAUGAAGUUGAACAAACUGGCUUAUCUCCGACAGCCAAGUCUUCUCCUGAUGAGUCGGAUGUGGUUCCAGAAACACCUGUUUCCGAUGUCCAAGUGAAAUUACAAUCAGACGGAAUCCAGCGGUGGUUGACUGAUAAGUUGGACAAAAUGACUCCUAAUGCUCAAAUGCCUGUUGAGAGCUGCUGCAAUAGUUACAUUGCCUCUGAUGUGGAAGAUGGUAACACUGACGGAACACCUUUGGAGGUACAUCCAUUGCUCGAAAGUGACCCCAAAUUCUAUGAUCUUCCUUGCGAUCUAGCUGAUUGCAAAGUUUUCUCCCCUGAGCAGACACAGCUUCAAACAGAGCAAGCUCUUUUCAUGGGUUCUCCUUUUGCCUGUGAUUUUGGCAAUGAGCUUGACAGACUGCAUUUCCAGGAUGGUACGAGUGAGCAGGACAUCUCACUCUCAGAUCUGUUUCCUGAGGUCUUCAAUAAUAAUGUCGACUCCUGUGAAGAGUCCACCAGUCAGAAGAAUUCAGUUCUGGGAAGCGAGGCUGGAUUCGUGCCUGAUGCUUACUUGUCCCAGGCACUCCUAGAGGUCAAAGAUGAUAGAUGGAAUGAUAGUCUUGUUGACGAGAGGAAUCUGGCAACUUCGUUGGGAUCAUCCGGAGCUGUUGCUUCAAAUAAUACCAUAGAAUCAACUGGUGAAUCUUUCAACAACAGUGGUCGACCUGCGAUCAAGAUCCGGACACGUGACUCCCAAGUCCCACUAUAUUCAAGUGAUUAUCCAGCACAGGGUAAUGCUCCGAGAAGGAUUCGUCUGCAGGUGGAUCCAGCCAAUCAAUUACCAAGAAGCGUAAAGAGAAGAGGAGGUGACGAGGAAAUGAGAGGUACUGGCUAUGACGGAGAAGAAGAAGUUCAAUCAACUGCUAAGGAGAGUGCUGUUAACCACAGUGACAAUAUGACUGUUGGAACCAAUAUCAAGAUUAGGACUCGUCAACCUCGACAUCAACCAAGCUCAGAGAAUUCCAUAGUCCAAGGUACUGCUCCCAGAAGAAUCCGGCUGCAGAUGAACAGUCAAUCUGGGUCAACUAGGGAUGGUGAAGUUAGAUCGUUAAGCUACGAUGGAGAAGUACAAUCUGCUCCUACGAAGGUCAAAGAUGAAACGGACAAUGCUUCUGAUGACGAUGAACCAGGGAGAGACAGCCAACUUCCUGCGCAUGACAAGACGACAGAAAUUGUUGAAGAGCCGUGUACAAACUUAACGUUGGGGUCGAAACCAGGUGGGGAAUCUUGCGGUCAUCCAGUGGCUUCGGCGUCUCUGGAAAGACCUUCAGCACGCGAUGGUUCGGGUUCAUUUAUACUUUUCGCAGUCGGCAUCUCUCUCGUCAUAUUCCUGGCCAUAGUUUUCUCCGGGCUACAGAGAUCCGUCAAAGUGGACGUUGCGUAGAGGAAGCCGUUCUCCAUCCCAUCUCUACAUAUAGUAAAUAGGGUACGCGUAUAGCUUUCUAAACUGGAGGACGAUGUAGAUCUUUCUGUGUGUUGUGUUCACUUCGCUGUAAGAUAUUUCCCUGUAUCUGGCAGAGAAGCCUUCUUUAGUGUGGGCUUCUGGAUUCAGUGAGACAACAGAUUUUAUGUAUUGUUAGGUAAGUGAGCUUUAUUUGGAUCAA